CGGUUUGCCGGUUGCCUAGCGACCGGCCAGAGGGACGCGGCGGGGCCCGGGCUGGAGGACAUGAGGCUCAAGCGCUUUCUGCUCCGUUACUAUCCGCCAGGGAUUAUUUUGGAAUAUGAAAAAGGAGGGGAGAUGAUGAAUAAAUCCAUUGAUCUGCUUGACUUGACUCCAGUGGCAGACGUAGAUGCUGUUGUCCAAGAAAUCCAAAGAGUUGAGCCACUUAUAACUGCAUCUCGUAAAGAGCAAUUGAAACAGCUGGUGCAGAGGCUGCAGGAAAAACUUGGGCAACAAGAUGACCACAAGUUCUACCUUUUUAAGGUUCUUCGAGCACAUAUCCUGCCGCUGACAAAUGUUGCAUUCAACAAAUCUGGCUCGACGUUUAUCACAGGGAGUUAUGAUCGAACCUGUAAAUUGUGGGACACCGCAUCGGGAGAAGAGUUGCACAUGCUGGAGGGACACAGGAAUGUGGUCUAUGCUAUUGCUUUUAACAAUCCUUAUGGAGACAAGAUUGCAACUGGUUCAUUUGACAAGACCUGCAAAUUAUGGAGUUCUGAGACAGGCAAAUGCUUUCACACAUUCCGUGGACACACAGCUGAAAUUGUGUGUUUGUCAUUUAAUCCCCAAAGUACUCUAGUAGCCACGGGCAGCAUGGAUACUACAGCAAAGCUUUGGGACAUUAGGACAGGCGAAGAAUCUGUGACUCUAACGGGCCAUUCAGCUGAAAUCAUCUCUUUAUCGUUCAAUACCACGGGUGAUAAGAUCAUCACCGGCUCCUUUGACCAUACUGUUUCUGUGUGGGAUGUGGGAUCUGGCAGGAGAAUGCACACUUUGAUCGGACAUCGAGGAGAAAUCAGCAGUGCACAGUUCAAUUGGGACUGUUCACUUAUUGCUACAGGAUCCAUGGACAAAACUUGCACGCUUUGGGAUGCUGUCAGUGGGAAAUGUGUGGCAACACUAUCUGGCCAUGACGAUGAAAUAUUGGACGUUUGCUUUGAUUACACCGGGCAGCUCAUAGCCACGGCCUCAGCUGAUGGUACCGCAAGAGUUUAUAGCGCAGCCAACUACAAGUGCUUAAUGAAGUUAGAGGGCCAUGAGGGGGAAAUCUCCAAGAUUUGUUUCAAUCCUCAGGGUAGUCGCAUCCUUACAGGCAGCUCAGAUAAGACAGCGAGACUCUGGGCUCCUCACACAGGCCAUUGUCUGCAGGUGUUGGAAGGCCAUACUGAUGAAAUCUUCUCAUGUGCCUUUAACUACGAAGGGAAUACCAUCAUCACAGGAAGCAAGGAUAACACUUGCAGGAUAUGGCGCUGAGUGAAGUUAGAGAUAUACGACAUUACGCAUUUUUACUAAUUCGUGCUGGUAAAUGUUUGUCUACAAGACCUACUACAUACAAUGUUGUACCCAACUUUAUUUUUACUAACAUCCAGUGUUGUACUUUUAUAAAGUAUUAAGAAUAGAUUGAAAUGCUCUGUAUCACAUAAGCUAACCUCCCAGACUUUAUCUACCAUCUUUUUGCAGAAUAAAAGUUUAUCUCAUAAUA